AUGCUGCGGCGGUUCUCUCGACGACUUGCGCCACGCGCAAAGAACCACGAGGAAUUGGUAAAGAUGUGGAAGGAAGAUCCGCGUGUGGUGGACAAAGCCAAAGCCGAGAGUGGUCUGCAGUUCCGCGAUACACGGUCGGCUCCGCUGGGUGAGACCGAUGAGGCAAAGCGUCGCCGCCUCAUCUAUCAGUCCGCCUACCGCGGUAUGGUGGAGAUGGACGUCAUUCUGGGCGUGUUCUCCCGCAAGACUCUCGAUAAGAUGCCACGCGAGCAGCUGGAUGAGUACGACACGAUCCUCCGACACUUUGAUAGCGAUUUGUUCAAGUGGCUUGUGAUGGACGAGCAGCCGCCUGCGGUCGUGGCAAGCAUGCCAACCUACAAGGCUCUGCACAAGUUCGUGAGGGAGGAGAGAGGAAGCCUCUUGGGCCCCAUUGUUUAG